AUGAGUCCUCGUCACAAUUUGAAUUCAUUAUCACAGUCAUCGCAAUGUCUAUCCCUUGGUUUGCUUCACGAGACACCACGAGUCGAAGAAUUUAGUGAUUCAUUAACAACCCCUGCACAAACACCACAAAGCACAUAUGUCCGUAUUGAUGAACCAGAAGUGGUAAUGGCCAAGAAGUAUGAUCUACCAGUUGAUCAUCAACAGUUUGAUAGGGCAACGAAGAUUAAGUUAACAAGCAUGUUACGACCUCACAUGCGUAUCUUCUAUUUGUCAUGGACAUCAAGCAUCAUGGGCUUCUUUGGUUGGUAUGCCAUUCCACCUCUUAUGCCUGUGAUCAAGACACAGCUAGGACUUACAGAAGGAGAGGUUCUUAAUUCCGAUAUUGCUAGCACGGCCAGCACCAUUAUCUCUCGUAUUGCUGCAGGCCCACUACUUGAUCGAUUUGGUCCACAAGCAGUGCAGAGUGCAGUACUCUGGUUUGGUGCGAUUCCGGUUGUCUGUGCUGCCUUCGUGAACUCAUCGACGAGCUUACUCAUCGUCCGCUUUUUUAUUGGUCUCGUGGGCUGUGUCUUUGUGUCCAGUCAAUACUGGACUACCAUCACCUUUGCUCGCAAUGUAACUGGUACAGCUAACGCAAUUACUGGUGGAUUGGGCGUCUCGGGUAUUGGCUUUGCUUUCCUAGUGCUACCUUUCGUGUACGAGGCUAUCACUUCCAGCGAUUAUGUGUCGGAGAAUCUGGGCUGGCGAAUUACCAUUUCUUUGCCAGCGGUGCUGAUGAUUAUCAUGGGCACUGUGAUUCGCUUUGCUGUGGACAGUUGCCCUACAGGUGACUUCCAGGAGCUUAUGAACACCAAGCGAAAAGCUGAGCAAAAUGGUAGAGCAGCUCCUGUUCGGAUAAGUCUCAGCUCAAGUAAUUUUCAGCACCAUGCAGGUGAACAGCCGAAGACUGUGAGCAUGCUUGAAUCUUUCAAAGUCGUGCUGACGGACUUGAAUGUCCUGGUUAUGAUUGCGCAAUACGCAGCUUCUUUUGGAACGGAGCUGCAGCUGAACAACAUGGGCGCUCUCUACUUUUACACACAGUUCACGAAGGACGGCUGCCUGUCAACUGAUAGCAAUCUCUGUUACUUGCUGUCUAAGACCAGCGCUGCAACUGUAGCUUCGUCGUUUGGACUCAUGAACAUAUUUGCUCGCGCUCUGGGUGGUUUGGCAUCAGACGCAGUGAGCCGCCGAUUGGGUAUGCGAGGCCGCCAGUGCGUACAGUUUACUCUCUUGUGCGUAUUGGGUGUGUUGGUGAUCACAUUGAGUCAACUGGAGUCGAUUGGUGCUUGUGUUGCGUUCUACGUCCUCAUCGCUAUCGCUGCGCAGGCCACUGGAGGAUCAACCUACGGCAUUGUCCCGUAUCUGAACGAACAGCACACGGGCACUGUCAAUGGUUUGGUCGGUGCUGGUGGCAACUUGGGCGGCGUGAUCUACGGUGUAAUUUUCCGCAGCACUGAAGGUUACAGCUCUGGUCUACUGUACACAGGUAUCAUCAUUUUAGCCUGUGCGCUUCUCACUCCGUUGCUGCGUUUGCAGCACUUGGAGAAAAACCAAGAAACAAGCACAUCCACCAGGAACACAUACAUGAAAUCGCACAGCACAGAGUACCUUGGAGAGAAACCGUGCGAGUAA